GACAAAAAGUUGUGAAACUACUUUUGAGCACUCGAAGAAGUGCAAUGUUUCAAGCUGCGGCCACGGCGGCUCCGGCUAUGCCUGUGCACCACGUGGUGUUUCCCCGUUUUUUGAGUCGACAACUUGUCCUGCCUCUCCGAAGCGCAAAGACCUUCAAACCUCUCGCAUGUCUCAAAUUGAGAGUCAAAGGAGUGAAUGGACUCCAUGAGAUUGAACUCAAAGUUCGCGAUUAUGAAUUAGACCAAUUUGGUGUUGUGAACAAUGCUGUUUAUGCAAACUACUGCCAACACGGUCAACACGAGUUUAUGGAGAGUAUCGGUAUCAACUGUGAUGAAGUAUCCCGUUCUGGUGAAGCCUUGGCAGUUUCUGAGUUGACAAUAAAAGUGGAUGCAAAGUUUGUGGUGAAAACGAGGAUAUCGGGGACAUCCGUGGCACGCAUUUACUAUGAACAGUUCAGCUUUAAACUUCCAAAUCAAGAGCAGCCUAUUUUGGAGGCAAAAGGAAUGGUUGUGUGGCUUGAUGACAAGUACCGUCCUGUUCGUAUCCCGUCUUACAUACGCUCUAAGUUCAGUCACUUCCAACGCCAACAUGAGCUCAAGACCACUAACCUUUACAACAUUGUCUCCAUCCUAGUUGUAUUGGAAGAGAAGACAGUCUCCAACUCCGAAGUGUUUGUUCUCAUACCACAUGGGGUCUGCCUUCGUCGUCCAUCCAUUGGAGUCUCCAACUUUAAAAACAUUCUCAUUGAUGAGAAUAUCGCUUGGCGUGGGAGUGCUAGGAUGAUGUGAAGGAUCCCAAAAAAUAAAUGUCAUUCUCUUUU